GCAAACUAAAUAUCUACCUGUAAUGUUUGGUGGUCAGUGUGGUCAUCACUUUUAAACGGCUUAUGCACAUACGUAUGUACGUAUGUACAUACAUUAAGAACUUACAUAUCUACGAACGCAAGUGCAACCAUAAUUAUACACCUGCAUCCAUGAAAUGUACGAGGUAGCAUCAACUCCACUUUACCUGGUUACACUAUAGCAAAUUUAGGAAGAUAUGUGCAUACAUGCAUCGUUCAUUCAUUUUUCCUUAUCAUUACCUCUAACUACUUAUGGUACGCUGGUUGGUGAAGCAUUAUUUCAGUGAUUAAUAACAAGCAGACCUUUAAACUUUAUUCUUUUCAAAUUAAAAUCGCAUACUCGUUCAAAUGGAGUGUUGAACUCAAGUUCAGUGAAUUGGAGAGGAUACCUCAACUUGUUGUAUGUAAAGUUCUUUUAGCUAAUUUGAAGUAUGUGUGUAAAUCCAAUACACAAACAAGGAGAAAUUCGUAUCAUUAUUCAAAGUAAAAUUCCCAAGCAUUUAAGCAGUUCGUAGUGAGCAAGCCAAGCAAGUACCAAGAAAACGAUUAAUCCUGUGAAAUCUCGUCCACUCCCGUCGUGAUAGAAAUAUGGAUCUGGAAAUUCAAGAACUGGCAGUUCCCUAUGCUGCUCGGAAAUCGAUGGAAUUUUGUGUGAAGAAGAAUCUAACUAACACCACCAACAACACCUCAAAUAAUAGGAACAUCAUGGGGGCGGGGGCGAUUUCUUCACCCAGGAAAUCUAUCGUCGAACUUAUAACGGAUGCCGACCUGGAGGAAGAAUUUCAUUCUUGUCCUAAUGCAGACAUCUCUGCUUGUGAAUACUGUAAACUACUUAAUAAUCUUGUCAUUCUUAAUAGAACCUUUAAAACGAGGAAUGAUCCCGAAGCUGUGAAAAUGCUGGAAGAAUGCAUAACAAAUGUGGAGGGAUGUCGGCGCUAUAUUGACAAGUUGAAACCACAUCUUCACUGUUUCGAUUUUAGUGAAGAGCUCCAAUAUAAUGGUUACCGGAGUUUCGUAGCUCUGUGCAAAAUCACAGUGAUUAAGUGUCUCUAUACCGUAGAUGAUAUAAACCAUAUUGGAAGACUUUUCUCCCAGCAAACGCAUUACGUUUUACAGGAGAAGCUAUUGGACUGGACCAGAAUUUUUCGCUUGCUAAACGUCGUCCUACAAUGUCUUUUUGAUUUUGCGGUGUCUGCUAAGAAUGCCAGCCUUUUCACGUCUAACCGUGAAGCAUUGGCCAAACUUUUGUCAUUUUCAAAAGAAAGGAGCAAUGUGGUUGGAUUUCAUGGACGACUUUUGGGAUAUCAAUUUUCAAAAUCAGUCCGAGCCCCAAUCCGCCUGAUAGGUUGUAUGAUGGCAGCUUUCUCCCACGUGUACAACACAGACUCUAUUUUCCGUCAUACCAUCAUCUGCCCUCCAGAUUUUGUCAACUAUUGGAGGAAACCGGGGGAUAGGGCAGAGAGAAUUGCCGAAGUUUGCGAACAAGACCCACUUGAUUUCUUUAUGAAUUUCUGGCGAGUUCAAGAGAAAGGCUUACUUCGAAUACUAUCCAACUGCUUGGGAGAUCCGGUAGAAACUAAUCUGGAGAUCUCAAUACCUCCUACUAAAUUAGUGGUAGAUUCAACGUUAACGCCUUCGGGAACUCUUACCAUUCUACCUCCAACAGAGUAUCUCGGAAUUAAGCCCAUUAUGGUACGACUCGUGUCUCAUAAAGUGCGACAUGGAUCGGUAGGGAGUGGUCACGGUCACUCCUCUCAAACUCCCACUCGUCUAUACGGAAACAAAGUGGAGGAGAUGUCCAAGUGUUUGGUCAUUCAUUGUCAUGGUGGGGGAUUCGUUGCUCAAUCUUCUUGUUCUCAUUUGGUCUACCUUAAGCAUUGGGCAAGGGGUUUGGGAGUUCCAAUACUGUCCAUCGAUUACAGUCUCUCCCCAGAGGUAGCUUAUCCAAGGGCGAUUCAUGAAUGCUUCUACGCAUAUUUGUGGGCAGUUCGGAAUGCGCACUUGCUGGGUUCUACGGGAGAACGAGUUAUCGUUGUCGGAGAUUCAGCAGGUGGGAUUCUGCUCUCUGGAGUAGUUCUACUCUGCAUCGAACUGGGAAUUCGUCCCCCUAAUGGUGCACUGUUGGUGUACAGUCCAACCAUAAUGGCGUCUGCAAUAUCCCCUUCAAGAUUAUUGAGUUUGGCGGACCCGUUGAUACCUUAUCCGGCACUGGCGGCUUGCAUGGGAGCAUAUCUUGGAAAAAAGUUUGAUUCUAAACUCGCUCAACUCCCUAGUGCUUUUGUGGAAGGAGGAUGGGAGCCCGAGGAAGGAAAUACUGAGGAUUGUAUUAGAAAAUUUGAAACUCUAGAUCUGGAAGAAUUAGAAGGUGUCACCGUACCAAGCGAUGACUUCCACUUGUCUCCACUCAUUGCUCCAGACGCAAUUCUGAGGAAGUUUCCACCCACCGCAUUUGCUACUUCGAAUUUUGAUCCGUGCCUUGAUGACUGCAUAGAAUUCGCCAAACGACUAAAAGAGCUCGGUGUUCCCACUACAGUUGAUGUACAAAAUUCUAUUCCGCAUGGAUAUCUCAAUUUUGGAAAGAUAAGUGGCGAAUGCUUUCAGGGGACAAACGUUUGCCUACGUCGACUUCGAGAGUUAUUGGGACUAACCCACUGAUAAAGUCUGAGGGGAUUGGUAUCAUCAGUACCAUAUGAUGGCGUCGCAAACAGCUUCUGCCGGACUGUAAAAUAACACACAUUCUGUAAAUUAAUGAUUCAUCUAUGGUCACAAAACUACUAUGAUAUGUUGAUCAACUAAUCAUACAUAUGUUUACCAAAGUACCAGUGAUAAAUUAUAACCUACCUUGUCACACGCACAUUUUUAAAUACGCACAAAUGAAUUAUGAUUAUCCUAAACGUUUUACAUGUGUAGCACAGUUUCAGACUAUUUAAAACUUUUUAGUUCCACAGAAUUUGUACUGAAAUUCGUAGAUGUACAUUAGUUCUUCACUUUUUUGUAAUUGUCAAUGUUCUGUUAACGAGUAUUUGUGAUUUUGGUUGUCAUUUUCCAUCGAUCCAACUUUAACUAUUAUGUGUAAGAAUGGUUGAUUGUUACUUUUUAAUUUAGACCUACCCUUGAUUUUGGGUUAGAGACUGUAAUAAAUAAAUAGGUACUUGAACAGAA